AUGGCGUCUAGGUUUCUGAUUUUGUGUGUCUCGUCUCUCUUCUUCUUCCUCGCCGUCUCAAGCGAAGAAAAAAUCUUUGACGUUCGCAACUACGGCGCUCGCGCCGACGGACAAAAAGAUAACGCGGUUGCGUUUUCGAAAACGUGGAAAGAAGCUUGUCUAUGGAGUAGUGGAAGUGCUACGGUGUAUAUUCCUCCCGGAGUAUUCUUUCUCGGACAAGUAAAGUUCUCUGGUCCUUGCAAAAAUUCUCUAACUUUUAUGAUUAAAGGAACUUUAUUGGCUCCUCGUAAUCCUGACGUCAUCAACCAAGAUCAAUGGAUUAUUUUCAUGUACGUUGAGCAUCUCACUGUUACUGGAGGAGGGUUGCUUGACGGUCAAGGAUCUGAUUCUUGGCGUCUUAAUGAUUGUCAGAAAAACCCUAAUUGUCGUUCAUUAGCUAUGAAUAUUGGGUUUGAUUUCGUUAAACAUUCCAAGAUUGACGGUUUAAGAUCCGUUAACAGCAAGAUGGGCCAUUUCAACUUCUUCUCGGUCGAGGAUUUUCACGUUACCGGAGUUACAAUCACUGCUCCCGGAGAUAGCCCUAAUACCGACGGAAUCAAGAUCGGAAAAUCCAAGGGUAUGCGUAUUUAUCACGUCACUAUCGGAACCGGUGACGAUUGCAUCGCAAUUCUUGAUGGAACAACCGAUUUGGAUAUCUCAGAUGUCAGGUGCGGACCAGGUCACGGGAUUAGUGUCGGAAGCCUUGGGAAGUAUAAAGGAGAGAAGGAUGUUGAGGGCUUAACCGUAAGAAACUCGAUUUUCAACGCUACAACAGAGGGUUUACGGAUUAAGACAUGGGCUAAGUCGGUUUCUCAGAUCUCGGUUUCUAAUUUCUUGUACGAGAAUAUCCAAAUGAUAAAUGUCGAAAACCCUAUCAUCAUUGAUCAACAGUAUUGUCCUCACGGACAAUGCGAUGGUUCGGGUGAGUAUUCUUCUCAUGUUCAGAUCAAAAACGUGACAUAUAACAAGAUUUGGGGAACUUCGAGAAGCAAAGAGGCAUUGAAGAUGCAAUGUAGUAAAAGUUAUCCUUGUCAAGAUGUUGAGCUAUCAAAUAUCAACUUAAUUUACAAAGGACCUGAUGGUUUAGUCACAGCUUUGUGUGAGAACGUUGGUGGUUCGGUUCGUGGCAAGAUUGUUCCUGGAGAUUGUUGGCUUUGA